AUGUACACAGGCAGCUGGAUAAUUCCUGGACGGCCGGAAGAGUGCCCUGAAAUUGCUAUUAAUGCAUACAUUCAAGCCGAACGAUAUGGUGUGUUUGGCCUGCGAGAAAAGAUGAACGUCGCGGUCACCGCCUGGCUUGACGAAAACUGGCCGAACGCCGCAUCACUUCAGUUGAUCGUCAACUGCUGUGCCAGAGUGCCUGCGACGGCAGCCCUGAGGAAUAAGCUCGUGGAGCAUUGGGCACAUCUCAUUAGCUCGCCAGACGGGACCGGCGAGUCGAAGAAAGCGCUGCUCAACGGCAUCGAAAGUGUCUCGACUUUCACGAUGGACGUGAUGAAGAUUGUUCAGCCGAGAUUCGCUAAGGCUAGCGCCGAGACGCCGCCAACGAACCCCAAGCAGUACAAGUGUGGCAACUGCGCGAAAGUAUUUGCGAUGGAUGGAGUGGUCAAUGGCAACAUGUGGUGCGUCAAUUGCGGGCUCAAGCGAAGCGCCAGCGAUUGGGAGAAACAUCUGGUCAAAUAG